AUGGCGGCAUACUACACCUUCGAAGACCUCUCCGGAGCCAAUGGCACCGGUCCGAAAACUGACAACCCAUACCACGAUUUGAUUGAAUCCUGCAAUGACGACCCGACGAAGAUUCAAAAAAUAUAUAAUACACACCGAGUCAACCGUAAUGCCCAGCAGAAAGAAAGGCUCCUUGCCAAGAACUUCCCUGGUGUCACCAUAGACGAGAUCCUAAUGAGGCUAGAAAAUCCAGACCAGUUUCCAGGCUACGAAGACCCACGGAACUGCCUGGUUUUCUGGGCCAGACCGACAGCGCGCGUCAAGAAGCUCAUAGUAGAGGUGCAAAGAAGACUCCAAGAAGUGGUCCCGAAUCUUUGGAUCAUGCCACAGGACAGCCUUCACAUGACCGCGCUCGAGAUCACCCACUCCCUUACCGCACCUGAAAUAGAUGCACUGGCAGAACAGAUCAAGCCCCAUGCUGAAGCAAUCACGGAUUACACUCUUACUCACCAUCCGCGACUGGUGAGACCCAUUGUAAGCUUUGAUGCUCAAGCGUUGGCGCUAUCCUGGCUACCUGCCACUGGAGAAGACGGCGAUGACUACACAUACCACCAUCUUCGAAGGGAUUUGUUCACGCUUGCUUCAAAGACAGGUGUCAAGGUGGCCUCUCGAUAUGUCAUUCCUUCGGCACAUCUGACGAUCGGGCGUUUCACCAACAAAGAAGACACACCAGAUGGCAACCAUGAAGCAAUCGCCAAGCUCAUUCAGAAGAUCGAGGAGAUCAACACAUGGCUUCAAGACUGCGAGGAUGAGUGGACAGUGGGCGAAGAGUCAGGUCUUGACUUCCGGAAAGGAACACUGUGGUAUGGGAGUGGCGGCGAGACGAUCAGACUUGGUCGAGGUUUCUGA